AUGGCAUUCCCUGCUAUCCGAGCGCGCAUGGCCGCGCAGGUACACAUAACCGGAAUCCCCAUGCCAAAGAAUCUCGCCGAAAGCAAGCUACUGCUAUCCGCGCUCCAGAAAUUCGGAGAAGUAAUAACAUACCGCAAUCUCAAAUACGACACAACCAAUAACUCACCAAGCACCAACCGACCGAUCGUGGCGAUCUUCGAGACAGCGGACGCAGCAGAGCGCGCGAUAGCAGCUUCGCCAAUCACCAUCCCUCUACCGACACCCUCCAAGUCCCAGACCACCUCGACCUCCUCUUCCGAUACGCCGCGCUCACUGAUGUUCGAAAUCCAGAGCUCGCGACAUAACCACGCCUCGGCGCUGAAACGGAGUCCGUUCUACUCUACCUACAACCUCUUCAAGAACAACCCCGUCUACGAAGAUCUGAUUAGCGAAGGGACGGGUAUUCCAUUGAAGGAGCUUGCUGAUACGCUUGCGAGCAAGAAAUAUCGUAUCGGCGCUGGCGUUAAGGAGAAUAUCCAGGAGGAGAAUCGGCAGAUGGGAGCGAUGAGUUUGGUGAACAUGUGGAAGGAGGGGAUGGGGAUUGAGAUUGAGGAGGAGGAAGAGUUUGAUCAUGGAUAUACGGCAGCUGAGAUUUUCGGGAUCAGCGAGCCCGGGGACGUGAAGCAGAAUGAUGAUGUCUGA